AUGCUGUUCCCACCAUUUUUCCGGGCGCGCCAAGUUAUUUCACCCGAAGCCUCCCCAAAAAAAGAAAAACAAGAGAUUUGUGCCACCAAGUGUUGCCUCCUCGACGAAGAGAGAAGCUCAACAGCGAAGCAGCGGUCUGGUACAUCCCAGUUCUACAGCAACCUGCAUUUGCCAACCUCCUACUGGUCGAAGAUUGUAUUCGAAGAGGACCCGUCGUCGGUACACUACGCAUGGUGUGAACCAGGAAGCAACAGUCAUGUGAAGACUACAAAGUUGGUUACGUUCUGUUCCCUCAGUGGUGAAAAUACAGCGCGCUGCUGCGUGUACUUCCGCGCUGUGAAGAUCAUCGACAUCGAGGUGCACACCUCUGCUGAAGCUGAAGCUCAGCUAAUGAGUGCAGAAAACUCAGCCAUGUGCCCUGGAGCAACACUCAAGCCACUUGUGGGGAAAAACUAUGUGACCUUUGGCAACAAAUACUUUUCGAAGGACUGCACUGGCCGUCCACAAAAUGAGCAGCCGUGCUUACGUUGCAGGUACCUUAAAAAGCUUAUCCAAAACCAGAUGUCAAGGAAAAGGAAGAAGACGUCUAGCUCCACCAAGAAGCAAUCGAGAAGAAGACACGCUCUGUUCAAGGCGAAAAAGAAGCUGCUAGUGACAAGGAAGACGAUUGAACAGCUUCAGGCUCAAAAUGAUUCUCUGCCCUCAACAAUCAUCCAAGAGCGGUUGGCGGGCUUGCCACCAAAACAACGAGCUGCUGUCACUUGCUGUUUCGAUGCAGCUUCAAGGAAAUCACGUCAAGGGAUGAAGUACGACAAGUCUUGGAUCCUAGAAUGUAUCCUCAUGCGAAUGAGAAGCCCAAAACUCUAUGAACACAUCCGAAAGCAGAACAUUCUCGCGUUGCCUUCUAAAUCUUGCCUGCAGACCUAUAUACGUGGCUUUAAAAGUGGAUUUGGUUUCAAUCCAAACGUGUUUUCUGCUUUGUCACAGAAAACAAAAGAAAUGGAUGAAUUCAGUCUUCACGGAGGUAUUGUGUUUGACGAAAUGAAGUUGUCGGAGCAUGUGAGCGUCAAGUCAUCGGGAGCACUGGAAGGUUUCGUUGACCUCGGCUCAUUUACUCCUGGGGACCAGAAAACAACGACGUGCGACCAUGGCCUGGUCGUGAUGUUCCAGCCCUUUCAAGGCGACUGGACUCAAGUCCUUGGAACAUUCGCUUCUCGGAGCAAUGUGAAGGCAGGCACCCUCUCAAAGAUCCUUCUAGAGGCUACUCUCCUCGCCGAGCAGGCUGGCCUUUUCGUCGACUUCGUUACCUGCGACGGAGCUUCCUGGAAUCGAAGUAUGUGGAAAUCCUUUGGCAUAAAAGCAUCCGCAAAGGAGAUCUGCUGCAAGGUGCGUCAUCCCGUCGACAGAAGGAGAAGUUUACACUUUCUUUCCGACUUCCCACAUCUUAUCAAAUGCAUCCGCAACACUGUAGUGUCAACUGGUGUGCAGACUCCUGAUGGUCAUGUCCGCAUCGAGCAUGUUGAGGAGGCGUGGAAAUGUGAUAAAGCAAACGUGAGACUUAAGGUUAUGCCCACCAUAACGAAAGCACACUUGCAUCCUAAUCCUUUCGAAAGGAUGAAGGUCAACCUGGCCUUCAAGCUUUUCAGUGAGGAGGUGCUCAAGGGCCUGUUUUUUUACAAGAAUAGGAUGGGAUUUAGAUCCAUCACACCAACAGAGAACUUUGUGAGACUGAUGGAGAGACUUAUAUUCGUUAUGACGGCUCGAAUCCCAUCCAAAGCGUUGAAACCACAGAAGUCGCGUGCUGCAUUCUUAGCAGAUUUUCUCAUCUACCUUAAUGAGUGGGAAAUGUAUGCCAGCAAGCACAACGGUGGCUUCAUUAGUGCAAGCACAGCCUUGGGCCUGCGUGUGACGAUAAGCAGUACGCUUUCCCUUCUGGACUAUUUAACGUCUGUGCUGGGGUAUGACUACCUUCUCACUGCAAACUUAAGCCAGGACAAAAUGGAGAAUUUUUUUUCUCUCGUGAGACAAUCAUAUGGGUGCAAUGACCAUCCUACGCCAGAGCAGUUUUUGCUGAUCGUUAACUGCCUAAGUUUUUACAACUUAGCAAAGCCCCUAAAGUCAGGGAACUCUUCCCCAGAGCUGCUAACUGCCCUCCUUAAGUCCGCUGAGGCCCCAGGCCAAGGUGAGACCCACAUUUCAAGUCUUGUGGAUGAACUCCUAGAUGGCGGCAACUGGGAAGGUGCUGACACGAUAAUCACAGCCACAGGGCAUGACACUCAGUGUCCUCCCAGCACUGCCCCGUCAAAAGAAACAGCAUCAAUAGGGAAGCACUCUAGCUUAGUGAGUGAAAGAAGUGACAGUAGGCUGAUCUAUUACAUUGCUGGUUAUGUUGCACGUAAAAUGAUAAAAAAAAAUCCGUGCUCCGAGUGUGCUGCAGAACUCGCUGUGCUCCCGCUGCAGGCUGAGCAAAAUCCUAACUCGUGCUUCACAAAAGCUUUUGACCAUGGUGGUCUUCUUUACCCUACUGAAGCCUUGUCAAACUUUGUGACUGCGUUGGAAAAUGCUUUCACUGUUUUUUUCAGCCACAACGAGUUGCACUGUUCCAGUGUCGUAGAUUUUUUAUCUUUUUUACAGAACCUUUCAUUUGACCGCAUUGGCUGUGUCGAGCACACUAAGUUGACCACUGCGAAUUUAUUGAAGUUCUAUGUGCUGACUAGAUUACACUUUUAUACAAAGUCGGUCAACAAAGAGAGAGAAUCCCGAAGGGAAAGGCAGAAGCUCCUCAAGAAGAGGAGGCUGGAGUAAAUACAGGGUGCUCCAACCAACAGUGAAAAUAUGUUUUUAAGCAAAGCACACUGGAUAUUAAAAAAAAUUAUUCCUUUGGAAUGGCUUUAUCGACCAUGGGGAGGUAAAUGAGUCCAAUACAAGGACUAAUGAACUAAAAUGCAAUAAUUGACUUUUUACAUACUUUAGUUAGGGUAGGUGUUUAUGUUGAAAAAUUCAAGGUGGCCGAAUUUCAAGAAUGUUUCUUUUUGUAGAGGUAACCUAACCAGCCUGUGUUCUGGUGUAUCCAUCUCUAAACUUUCUGCAGAAUCCGGCUAAACAGGAUACAACACAGGGAUAUUGGUGCCACAAUUGAUCUUUACGUAUUGCAUACAAUUUAGCUGUAUUGUGUGGAAGGUUUGGAGAGGGAUAUCUCGAAACACAGGCUGGUUAGGAUAAUUCUACGAAAUAGAACUCUUGAAAUACAACCACCUUGAACUUUCUAACUUGACCCGAUACCCUUAUUACAGUGUUUUAAGCGUUGUUUAACACAGUUCAGUUAAUUAGUUAACUAUUGGUAUGUUCUUUUCUGCCGCAGUCGAUAACAUAAUUUUGAAGAUAUAAUUUCUUUAUUUCUAGUGCUCUCCGUUUAAAAUAUUUCACUCUUGGUUGAAACACUAUGCAUAUGAACUUCGCAGUGGUGUUUUAAGGUGCUUGCUGAAGUUAUCCAUAACCUUAGUCAUUUUGCAAGGUAUUCAAAAUGAAUAAGUUUUAUAUUUAGUGUCGGGCACUUUUUGUGGAUUCUUCGUCAUUUUGCCUGGUAUGCAACAUAUUUUUGUCAUCUGUUCAACGUUUAGUAUGUAUUCCUAGGAAUUUUACAAGAUAUGCAGAAUAAUUUGCAUUACCUUUGUUAUUAUUGUUGCUGCAUUUCUAGUGAUUUAACAAGAUUUUCUUAAUAAUUUGCAGAUUAUUUCUUGAAUGUUUUGGGUUUUCUAGUAAUUUUCAUGUUCCUACAUUUUAGUCAUUUGCAAGAUGUGUAUUGGUCAUUUCAUGUGAGUUCUGUAUUCCCAGCAAUUUAUUGGACAUCUUACUGUGUGUCAUGUGUGUAAUUGUUUAAUAAAGAUACGAUGU